AGAACACCACGAAAGUGGACGUCCAGUGUCUCGAGAACUGUUUUGCCGACAACUAUGAAAAUUUUUAUUUUCGCUUUUCUAACACUGGGGGCCUAUGUGGCCGCCGACGAUAAGGUUGUGUGCUAUUACAACAGCAAGGCGUUUUUCAGGGACGGUCAGGGUAAAUUCGACGUGAACUUCAUCGACCCUGCCUUGCAAUUCUGCACCCACUUAAUCUACGGUUACGCUGGCAUUAACCCGGAAACUUUCAAAGCACAACCUUUAAAUGAGCUUUUCGAUGUCACCCGAGACAAUUAUCGCCACAUCACCGAACUAAAAAGGCGCUUCCCCGGACUUCGAGUGCUUUUAUCAGUGGGUGGAGGUGAAGACAUCGGCGAUGACGGCAAUAUAAAAUACAGAACAAUACUCGAAUCAGUCGAUCAUCGUUUAGCUUUCGUCAACUCGGCUCAAGCCCUAGUCAAGAAUUUCGGCUUCGAUGGCUUAGACUUAUCCUGGGAAUUCCCCGAAACGAAACCAAAGAAAAUCCGAGGCAAAAUCAGCUCGUUUUUCAGCAACCUGAAACACAAGAUUGUCGGCGAGUCUGUCAUUGACGAAAAGGCCGAAGAACACAAAGAACAGUUCACAGCCCUCGUGCGUGAAAUCAGAAACGCCUUCAGACACGACGGUCUUUUAUUAACAAUGACUGUCUUACCCAACGUCAACAGCUCGGUUUAUUACGACCCUCGCGCCUUGGCCCCCAACCUCGACUUUAUCACCCUCGAAGCCUUCGACUUCUACACCCCCAAACGCAACCCCAAAGAGGCCGACUACCCGGCCCCUCUCUACGAACUAAUCGACCGAAAAUACGACGAAAAUGUCGACUACCAAGUCAGAUAUUGGUUGCAAAAGGGGGCCCCUAACAACAAACUCAUCCUGGGGAUCCCCACCUACGGCCGGGCGUGGAAAAUGGACGAAGACUCCGCCAUCAGUGGUGUGCCCCCACUCUCCAUCGACGGCCCCUACGAAGCCGGUCCUUAUAGUAAAGAAGAAGGGCUUUUGAGCUACCCUGAAGUGUGUGUCAAACUUGCAAAUCCUCAAAAAUUGACCACAGCUGCUGGUAAACACUUGAGGAAAGUUGGAGAUCCAUCAAAGAGGAAAGGUACUUAUGCUUUCCGGACCCCUGAUGAAAAUGGAGAAGGGGGGGCUUGGGUCGGUUAUGAAGAUCCUGAUACUGCAGGAAAUAAAGCCUCCUAUGCUAAAGCGAAGGGUUUGGGUGGGGUUGCUAUUGUGGAUAUCACUUUAGAUGAUUUCAGAGGACUUUGUACUGGUGAUAAAUAUCCUAUUUUGAGAGCUGCUAAGUUUCGCUUGUAAUUGUAAAAGAAUUCCAUUGCUUUAAUUGUUUAGUUUUAUGUGAUUUUGACAAAUAAACUUUUUACAAGAA